AUGGCAGUCCCAAAGCCCAAAUCAUGGCUAGCCUCCCAAUUCACCGCGCGCAAAAUAAUCUUCUACACCCUCUUCCACGGCCUGCACAUCGCCCUCUUCAUCAUCGGCUGGUACGUGCAAGCCAACGACGAGCGCCUCGCGCCCCUCAACACCCUCGAAUUCAGCGUCUGGUUCUCCCGCGGCGCCGGCCUCAACCUCGCCGUCGACGUCACCCUCAUCCUGUUCCCCAUGUGCCGGAACCUACUUCGAAUCAUACGCCCGAAGAUCCGAUGGCUACCGCUCGACGAGAGCCAGUGGUUCCACCGACAAGUGGCGUACAGCAUACUCAUCUGGACGAUCGUGCACACGUCCUCGCACUACGUGAAUUUCUUCAACGUGGAGCGCUCGCAGGUGCGCGCGGAGGCGGCGGUGCAGAUCCACUACACGCAGGCGGGAGGGAUCACGGGACAUGUGAUGUUGUUGUGCAUGCUGCUGAUGUACACGACGGCGCAUGCGAAGAUCCGGCAGCAGAGCUACGAGACGUUUUGGUAUACGCAUCAUUUGUUCAUACCGUUUUUCCUGGCGAUGUAUACGCAUGCGACGGGGUGUUUUGUGAGGGAUACGGUGCCGCCGAUUAGUCCAUUUGCGGGCAGUCCGUUUUGGAAUCAUUGUAUUGGGUAUGAGGGGUGGCGGUGGGAGUUGGUUGCUGGAGCGCUGUAUCUGGGCGAGAGGAUAUACCGGGAGAUCCGGUCAAGACGGCAGACGGAGAUCAUCAAAGUGGUCCGUCAUCCGUACGACGCCGUCGAGAUCCAAUUCCGCAAACCCAGCAUGCGCUACAAAGCCGGGCAAUGGCUCUUCCUCAACCUCCCAUCCGUCUCCGCCCACCAAUGGCACCCUUUCACCAUCACCUCCUGCCCCUUCGACCCCUACAUCUCCGUGCACGUGCGACAAGUCGGCGACUUCACACGCGCCCUCGCCUCCGCGCUCGGCGCUGGGCCGGAACAGGCCGGUCUCUACGACGACCUGGACCCGAUGGGGAUGUACGAGGUCGCGCUCGCCAACGGGCAGGAGAUGCCGAAACUCCGCAUCGAUGGGCCGUACGGCGCGCCCGCGGAAGAUGUGUUUGAGAACGAAGUCGCUGUCUUGAUCGGGACGGGGAUAGGCGUGACGCCUUGGGCCGCGAUCCUGAAGAAUAUCUGGCACAUGCGCUUAUCCCCCAACCCACCCAAGCGCCUGCGGCGGGUCGAGUUCAUCUGGGUCUGCAGGGACACGACCUCGUUCGAGUGGUUCCAGGCCCUGCUCUCCUCGCUCGAAGCGCAGAGUCUAGGCAUGACGGGCCCUGGCUCCGACGCCGAGUUCUUACGCAUCCACACCUACCUCACGCAGAAGAUGGACGUCGACACGGCGCAGAACAUCGUGCUCAACUCCGUCGGCAUGGAUAAAGACCCCCUGACCGAGUUGAGCAGUCGGACGAACUUCGGCCGCCCGGAUUUCAGGCGGUUGUUGGUGGCGAUGCGGGAGGGGAUUCUGAACCAGAGUUAUCUGGCUGGGUUGGCGAGGGGUGGGCGGACGGAUGUGGGGGUGUAUUUUUGCGGGCCGAAUGUUGCAGCGCGGGAUAUACGGAGGGCGUGUAAGGAGGCGACGGUGGAUGAGGUGAAGUUUAAGUUUUGGAAGGAGCAUUUCUGA